AGGAGGCAGAAAUUUGCCUGCCUGCAGCCUGUCAGAUUUUUCAAGGCAGCUGCUGAAGACCCGCUGUUCGUCGCACAGCGGCCGUAAUGUAUCUGCAGUAGUGGCCAGUAGCCCGCAACCACUAUUUCUAUCAGAUUACGUUAUCACCAUUGUUACCAGAUUACGUAAUCACCAUUGUUACAAUUGCUAGUCCGUAAAACGGCCGUCAUAGCCAAUUUAUUGCCAUAUCGGCUCGACUGGUUCGAAUCCCGACCCUCGAAAGGGUUGCAGAUUCAGCGAUCGCCGCACGUCCUGAUUUCGUCGCGCGAUUUUAAAGGGUUUUUGGAAUGGCGGGACCAUGGGCGUGGGCCGCUUUGGUCGCUAUCCCCGUGAUAGUGGCUUCGUUUGAGAUCCUCGCGUGGACUUUCCGGCCAAAGCGAAUCUCUCUGAAGGGAAAGGCGGUGCUGAUAGUGGGCGGGUCUAGCGGCAUCGGGCUCUGCAUGGCAGAAUUGGCUGUGAAGCAGGGGGCGAGGGUGGCGAUUGUUGCACGCAACAAGGAGCGACUGGAUUCAGCACACAAGCAGUUGGAGGCCCUACUACCGCCAGACGCUCCCUCUGCUGAUUUCCUCCUGUCUGUAGCGGCCGAUGCAGCGAAUCCAGACGAUGCGAGGAGAGCCGUUGAUCAGGCGGUGGCCGCGUUUGGACGGCUGGAUGCGGUGAUCUGCUGCCAAGGGCAGAGCACUCCGCACCCGUUCGAAUUCGACACAGUGGAAAACCAACAGCAGCUCAUGAGCGUCAACUACUGGGCCUCAGUCUACACAAUCCGAGCGGCUCUCCCUGCAAUCAAGAGAGCCGGCCAGGAGGGGCGGAUUGUAUUGGUCUCCUCCCAAGCAGGGCAGGUGGGCAUCUACGGCUACACUGCUUAUUCAGCUGCCAAGUUCGCGCUCAGGGGGUUAGCAGAGGCGCUGCAGAUGGAGCUGGUGCACGUGGGCACGCGGGUGGUCAUGCUCUUUCCUCCUGACACCGACACGCCUCAAUUGCACCAAGAGAAUGAGACGAAGCCCGAGGUCACCAAGGCCAUCACAGGGACCAACAAGCCCUUCCCUCCCAUGGCGGUAGCGCGAGCUGCGAUCUCAGCCGUUGAACGGGGAGAUUUCCUCGCUCCAGUAGGAUUCGACGGCUGGAUGCUCAGCAUCGCCACUGCUGGCAUGGCACCCUGUGUGUCGCUCAACAAGCUCUUACUGGAGCUGCUUCUAGCGGGGCCGUUGCGGCUGGUGGCAGCAGCGACAGUGGCGGGGUUCAAUGCGAGCGCGAGGCGGGUGGCACAGAAUCAACCACGGCAGGGGCACCAUGCCACGCAAAUGACUGCUGGUGUUUUGUCUUAAGAGGGGGUCGCAUCUUUCCAGGCCUCUUUCUUGAAUUAUAAGCGGCACGGUCUGAGCGCACACUGCCCCCUUGCGUUACUGAAGCUUGUACAAGUGUACCAAAAGCUUUUGAUGCGUCAGGGCAGAUAGGAGGUGCAAGGCUAUUGGGGUGGUUGAUAUUACUGUUCAUGCCUUUCUUAUUUGGUAUGCAUGCACCUGCCAUCACCUGCUACUCACGAAAAGGUUUUAUGUCCUGUGUCUUUUUUUUUUUUUCCUAAUGACACUACAUGAGCAGGUGUGAGAACAAGAAAGUUGAGUAGUCUGGACUUCCAUGAUUUUUAUGCUUUCAUGUAUAAGUGCAUUUAUUUCCAACGAUUUGGAGUCUUAAAUGUAAGAUUGAGGCUUCACCACAGAGUGCAGUGCAGAUUGUUUUGGUGAAGCGUUUCGUAACAAAUUCAGCUCCAUUUG